CACAUGCGUAGUCAACUUUCAUUAUUUGUUGACAGGUGCAUUCAGGAGUAUCGAGGCUAAGUUGGAGAAAAUUCAGUACUUAACUUGAUGUAAAGAGUUGGAUCACAUCUCGUUGACAGGCGCAGAAUCAUUUGUUUGAUUUGAUGAUCCACACUGGUUAACUCAUGGUGAUCCGACUCUUUGGAUCAAGAAGAUGGAGUGAAUUGGCCAGGACGACUGGUGAAAAUGGGAGAGCCAGCCUCCUCCUCCACUCACCAGGACAAUAGCAGGGCAUCCCCAGGGAACAAGGAUUGGGUACUCCCCAAGCAGCUAGAAGACAUCAGGCCAGCGAGGGACUUUCCCCAGUACCGUCAUCGGUGGAACUCUAAUGAGGAAAUUGCAUCCAUUUUGAUUGCCUUUUCCAAACACAAAGAAUGGCUGAAGAUGGAAAUGAAGAUUCGCCCACCAAGUGGUUCCAUGUUGUUGUACAGCAGGAACCGUGUGAGGUACCGCAAAGAUGGCUAUUGCUGGAAAAAGAGGAAGGACGGCAAAAAUAUCCGAGAGGACCACAUGAAGCUGAAAGUCCAGGGUUUGGAGUGUAUCUAUGGUUCAUACGUCCACUCAGACAUUCUACCAACAUUCCAUCGGCGAUGUUACUGGCUAUUGCAGAACCCAGACAUUGUCCUUGUUCACUACCUGAACAUCCCAUACCAAGACAACACAAAGGUGAAGAUUCCUGUUGUACCCCCAUACACACUGGAGAAAAAGGAGUGGACCAAAGAGGAACUCAUUGAUCAACUCAGACCUAUGUUUUCCACUGGCCAACCAGGAGAGGAAUCUGAACAAAUGAUUGAUGAGACUGUGGAGGCGCUAGUAAAGCAUUUGAUUGAAUACCAUGAAAAUGCCAACAAGUUUGUGAAGGACAAAACUGCACUGACUACCAGUGAGAAACCCCCUAGAGACACACCCUGUCAUGCCAAAAAAGGUCUCCACCCACACCAGUACCACAGAAAACAUGCAGGAAACCCCAGUGGAGGAAGUUCUCAUGUUGUGCAUCAUAAACCAGAUGUAGCACAUGUUCCAUAUUUGUUAAAUGUUGGUGGGAAAUUGCAUGUGCCUGGGAGUGGCUACCUACUGGUGAAUGGACAUGGGGAGUGUGAGAGUGGACAUUCCAGACAGGGGCUAGUGAUGCCUGAGGGUGGGGGUCUACAUGUGGUGGGGGCUGAGAACAAUACACUGGUUUCUUGCCCUAAUGUGUCAGGAGCCUCUGUUCAGUCAGAGUCUACCCAACUAGACUAUCAAAGUGUUCAGGACUUUAACAGUGCUUGUUCCCUGACAGAUAUAUGUGAUUCCAAUGAUAAACUAGUCAGCUCAGUCGAGCAAUCCAUGUUGAAUUCGUGUAAACAAGACUUCACACCAAUGCAAUUUUCAUCAGAGAGUUGUUCUCCUUUAAUGAUUAACAAUAACAUUAGCAAACCUGAGGUUAACCUAGUCCCAUAUCUCAAAUCAGUAACUGCUGAGGAUGUUCAGCAUGUUAUCAGGUUUCAUACAGAUCAGAACAAAGUAAAAUCCAAAGGGAGUCCGAGUGAGCUGGAACAGGACCCCUUGAGUGCUAGCUUUGGUUCCUCAGACUUUGACAAUCUUGAUCUUGAGCUCCAUGACAUUGAAAAGUUGUGUAGCUUUCUAGAGACUCCAGAUGACCAUUCAUCACAUGAUAUGGCAGGCUCCAUACCUGUGUCAAAAAAUGGCAAUGCAAUAAAUACAAACUUAGGAGACAUGACAAAGUUUGAGUCAUCAAACAAAUCAAUGUCAAAUUGUGAACAGUGCCGAGAAAAAUCCAAACAAUUGUCAGUCGACCAUAAAACUAAUCCUAGAAAACCUAGCAGUCGUGGUCUGGUAGAUAUCGUGGAUUACUCUCCGGAGUUCAGUUAUACUGAGGGGGGAAGUAAGCUAUUGGUAAUUGGACCGUGGACGAAGGUUUCAUCUACAUACACUUGUGUUAUAGACGGUGAACCUGUCCAGACCACACUCUUACAGCCAGGUGUUCUUAGAUGUUACACACCAGCUCAUCACAAGGGUUGUGUGCCGGUGUACAUUAGCUGUGAUGGGAAGACACUUUCCAGACCUGUUCCAUUCCUGUACAAAGAAAACCCAGAACACAAUUCUAGCACUCGUUUCUCCUGGUUUUCAGUAGAAGAAAAAGAUCUGAAAUCCUUGCUGGUAGAGCGACUUGUACAGUUAGAGAAACGUCUGACCCAGUCUCAUUACAGAGAUGGACCUGUCCCCAACCUCCAACAGGCUUGUGAAAGUUUGGUGGAAAAUGAUGACAUGGAAGGGAAGCUACUUUGGUACAUCAAAAUGUUUUCUGCGGGGACGUGGAGUGACAGAGAAAGCUUCCCACACAGCAGUAAAUACGGCAUGACCUUACUGCACCUAACAGCAGCAUUAGGCUACUCCAGGGUGAUUCAGUCCCUGUUACAGUGGAGGACAGAUAAUCCAUGCUGGUUUUUGGAUUAUGAAGUAGAUGCUAAUUGCUUAGAUGAACACUGUUGCACUGCUCUGAUGUGGGCCUGUGCCAAGGGACACCAACAGGCAGCUAUUGUUUUAUAUCAAUGGAAUUCUGACACUCUUAAGGUGUCCACGAAGGAUGGCUUUACCGCUAUGAACUUUGCUCAAGUAUUCGGCCAUUAUCAGCUGUACAGCAUGUUACACAAGUACCAGGCCUCCCACUUAAGUACCUCCCAAACUGCUGGUCCAGUUAACUCCACAUUCCCCCUCCCCUCCCAGUCCAACCAUGACCUCUUCAAGCAGCCCCACCCAAAUGGAAUGACCUCAUUACACAUACAAAUACCAAAUCCUCCCCAGCAGCAGCAAGGAGUUUUGAUCCGCCGACAGAGUGAACAGGAUUUGAGAGGAAAAGUUGCCCAUAAAAAGCUCAGCAAGAGAGCAUCAGUGGAUUUACCAGCCAACUAUGAUGAUGGAAGGUCAGCUAGGGCAGGUUCAUAUGAAUAUCCAAUCAGAGAGACAAAUUCUGAGCCCUAUCUACCAAUGGCGACUGAUCACCCAAUGACUAGGGGGGAUAAUCCAAUGCUUUCAGAUAACAGGAGGGAUAUUAUGUCCCCUGAUCUGAUGAUGAACUCGGAGAUUGACCAGUUAAAGCGGGUCAAUCUGGACAAUAUGGCUCCCAGUUCAUUGUCAAUGAUACAGACAACUCCAGGCUUCACAAGAAUGGACACAGAUGAGGUUGAUUCCAAUGAGAGUGGGAGUCCUAUCAUAGAUGUAGAGAGGGUAUCAUCUGAUGAUGAAUCAUACUGCCAGCAAACUCGCUCAAAGUCACAGUCGAUAAGUUCAGAUAGCUGUGAGGAUGUCAAACAUCAAAUGGUUACUCUGGCCAAACAGAUCAUUGCUGCCAUGCCUGAGCGGAUCAAACUGUCUCCCAGUCGUGAUGAUGGGGAGCCCGAGCGGGAGAGAUGUGGCUCAUACAGUUCUCUACAGUCUCAGUCAUCGCUUCACACAUCUUCUUAUGAGGAAGAUUCGGGAAUCUCCACCCCGAUGGGGGACGCCUUUGCUUUUGAUGAGUACAGGUACCCAGAUUUAGGGACACCUGCCUCCUCCCUCAGCCCAGAUUCCACCUGUAUGCCCAGUCCGUACAGCCCCUACAGCUUUACUCUAGACUCCCCACCCCCCACCACCGAGGACUUCACUGAGUACUUCAAUGCCCCUACUACCUUCAUGGAGAAAGAUUUCUCACAGCUUACUCUCUCAGACAAGGAGCAGAGGAAGUUGUACGAGGCAGCCAAAGUGAUACAGAAGACAUACAGACAAUACCGAGACAAACAGCAGCUACAGCAACAACAGCAGAAGGAGAUCGAGGCUGCUGUACUCAUACAGAAGUACUACCGCAGAUAUAAACAGUAUGCCUACUACAAGAAGAUGACUCAGGCUGCAGUCCUGAUUCAAAGUCAGUUUAGGAGUUAUUAUGCACAAAAGAGGUUUAAGAAAUCGCGGGACGCUGCGGUGGUGAUUCAGAACCAGUACAGAACAUACAAAGAACACGAGCGUCUUAAGAAGGGUGGCAACAAGUCCGUGAUAAUCCAACAACGAUACAGGAGUCACUACCAGCGGAAGAAUGUGAAAGGCCAGAGCACAGAAGAUCAUGCGAUUCCUGUGAUCCCAGACUCCAAUGAGAGCUCUCCUCCAGACCAAAGCAACACAAUAUCCGACACAAAACAGCCAGACGAUGAAACACCGUCUGAUGGUGUGGACAGGCAGCAAAAGGAAGGCAAUCAAACGAGGGGCAGAUAACUCAUGAUGACCAAGGAAUCUCCUAUCAUUGCAUCAACGUAGAUUAGUCCCAUUUUUAUCACCUUCAUUUUUAUGGAUUCAACUUUUUUAUAUAUUUCAUAAUUAUGAAUACAAUUUUUUCUGUAUUUCAUUGAUUCCUCUAUUGUAGUAGGUAUGAAAUGUUGUAAUUAAAUGCUAUUUAUUGCAUUACUUUUCAAUUUAUCUAAGAAGGAACUUGCUUAUGAGAUUGUUGGUUUUGGAAAUCACUGGAGUUUGUCAGUGAUUAAUGAUCCAUCAAAGCAGGAUAUGUAGCAAUGCCAUGUUAUGAACAAGGUUUCAUUUUUUUUUUAUUCUGGUAACACAAAAUCCAGCCUUAUAAUCAUGUGCACAUGUGAGCAAAUUUGUAUUUAAAAUAAAUUAUACUUAGUUCUUUGUCAAUCUUGGUGUUUAUAAGUACAGUUGUAUUAACAUCAUUCAAUUAUUUCAGUUUUAAAGCUCUAGUAUUUUCAUUUAUUUUAGAUUAGGAAAUGGGAUAGCAUGGUACUUUCUAUUUUGCACAAUGACCAUAUUGUAAUUUUACUGUGAACCUAUUACAAGAUGACAGCAUUCAGGGAUAUUCACUUUUGAGACACUUAAACUAUUCAUUAAGUAGUUUAGUUUUUGUCAGUAUUAAUUUUCUGCAUGGAGUCUUUAUUUUUGGCCUAUGAGUUUUACUGCUGUUCCCGUCGAAUACUUUCAGUAUUGCUUUAAUUUGAAAAUAUAUUUUUAAGUAUCAAUCUAUCAGUAGGAAUGAUUAUGUACAUGUAAAAUAUUCAUGUGGAACAUGGAAUGUAUUUACGAGGAACAUGAUGUGUGUUCAUAAGGAAUAUGAUGAAGUGAAAUAGACCUAUGAUUUGUGAUCUUUGAACAAGAGGUGAACAUUACUUUUUAUAUCGAUAAAAAAGAAAGGUGAUAAUAUGAUAAAAAUAUAUACUCCAUUUGUGUAGAAUUCACUUUGUGAUGAGAUAAUACAACAGCUGGUUGAACAACUUUUAUAAUCAAUGAUCUAGACAGAAUAUUCAUAUACAUAUUGUUGACUCCUGUUAUCUGACAUUGAUACAGUGUUUUAUUCAUAGAACAUUUUAUGUUGUUUGAUAUGUACCCAUAGAUUCAAAAUUAUUUAUUGAAUACAUCCCACUUUAUUAAGUGCAUAACUUUAAUACAUUUGUUAUCUAUUUUUAUUAAUUAUUUAUCUGGCUUUACUUUGUUUAAAUUUGACAUUCUUUUGUUUAUUUUGUUGUUAAACAUUUAUUUGAUACAGUUUGAUAUUUUUGUUCUUUAUUCAAUUAUUUUUUUUUUUACAUAUCCCAUGUUCAAUUGAGCAGCUUCUUCCAAUAUUUCGGUUGAUCCAAAAUACCAGAGCUGGGUGAUGUUGUUGAGAGACAUUUUAUAUAUAAAGAGAAGGUGACUUUGUCAGGAUUUGACACUCAGUCUAUUGUUGACUUGCCAGGGUUUGACACCCAAUCAUUAGCUAAAAUAUGUAUGGAAAGUUUACUCUGCUCAUAUUUCCAAUUUUGACUGGUGAUUUAGUAUGCUGCAAAAUUGAUAAAAAAAUUGAAUGAUUGUGAUAAUUCAUUUUAUUUUCUCAAUAUUCUGGCAUGCAAUUAAUUUUAAAUUGUAUUUUAGUGAAUCUUGUCUAAAUCCAGAAAUGCUUGGUACUGUAGUCUUUGGACUAGGCAUUAUCCAAAAUAUAGAGUAUAUUUGAUUCAGAGUAUCUGUUCAGUUUACAAAAAAUUUCAAUUUGCACAGCAUUUAGAUUAAACAUGUUUUGUUGCACUUUGAUUUUUCUUAAUAUUCUAAUGUUCUUUUUCAUAGGGCGUUGGUUUGAUGGUUGAAGGCUUUUAGGUCUAACCCCGAGAUCUGAAAUAAAAUCAGACGUGUUAGAUCUUCAUUUUCAGUUUGAUAGUGGUACUCAAUAAUGUUUCAGAGUGUAAAUAGUGUGACAUUGAAGAAUGUAACCUUGACCUUUAUAUACCACCCUCACUAUGACCAUUCCAGAGAGAAAUCCUAAUAUAUAUCUACCUGUCUCCUGUUUUUCCUCACACUGUAUAUCCUUUUAUAUAUUUGAAUUAGAUUUGCAUUUCGUUAUCAAGAUUAAUUGCAUUAUGUUUUAUAAUAUAUUAUUGCUUUACUUGCACUGUUAUACAGUGGCAUAGUAAACAUAAGAUGACUUUCACAUACACGAGAGUUAUAUCCCUUAACAACCAAAUUAGGUUUUUUUUAAAAUAAGACAUACAUUGGGCCAAUUCAACUUAAUUAGUAGAUUAUCAUACGAGGUCACAAAAAAAUAUGGGGCGAGUGGGAGGAAUUUAUUUUUUAAUAUCUGUUUCCCUGAGAAAAAAAAUUUAAUGACAAAAGGCAUCACACAAAGUGUUACUCAAGUUAACAUUCAAAGAAUCCUUGGUAGAAGAUAUAUAACCAACAUUCUGGGACUUUAAUCAUUCACUCAUGUCACUUGGAAGCAAGUUUGUUUGAAAUUGUAAUUUUUGUGAGAAUAAAAAAAAAUUGGGGUAGGCAUUCUUUUGAGGGGUGGGCGGGGAUGAUAAUUUAUCAAUUAAUUUUAAUUGGCCUUAAAUAUCUAUUGUAUUUGGCUUUGGUUAAUAUAUCCAGUAUUAUUUUGUCUCCCUUUUGGAAUACACUAUUUUGACCAAGGAGUCGGUAGGUAAGAAAGAUAUUCUAUUUUAGGGACACACAAUGUCGUGUAUUGCAUUCAGUUAUACUGUCUGCAUAUGUUUGAAUCACAAACAAAAGUAAAAAUUCUAUGUUUCUUACUUUCAAAUGAAAAAAAAAAUAGAGUGUAAGAUUUUUGUUUUCAAUUUGAUCAAAUAAGGGAAAGAAAGACAAUUUAGAUUGACUAACCUUGACAGAUAUGCCUAAUGAGAAUUAUUCUGGGAAGGGUUGUAACUUUCGUCAAUUUGGAAGUCAUUGAUCCACUACCUUUGCUGUGAUAAAUAGAAAAUAUUGUUUUGUAGUGUGUGUAAGCUGUGAUUGUUGUAGCUUAAUGUCAAGUUUCCCACCCCAGUCUGCGAGUGUAGCUGCAGAUAUAAAACUACUAAACGUAAAUUGUUAUUAUGUUUAGAUAAGAAUACAAAAAAUUAUACAUGUUCAUGUUUUGUAAGGCAAUUAAAUUGUGAUCUACAUAAUUAUGUUAUUGUUAUCAAGUUUUGAUUUUGGAAAUGUUUAUGUAUCCAGUGUUUUGUGAUGUUUUCAGAAGUCGCACAAGUUAUUUUAAUCAGUGAUUAAAUGACAAACUUAGGCUGCAUUACCAUGUUUACCCUCUGUAGGAAAACUGGUGUAUUGAAAAUGGGAAUCUAGUGUGUAGAAUUGCUCAGUGGGACAGAAAUUUAACAUGUUCUUAUUCAAUAGGAGCGUAUGCAUGUAUUUACUAAUGGACAAGUCUUUUUUUAUGAUAAGAUUUAUUUAUUUAUUUUGAUUUGUCUUGGACUCUGAAGGGGAGGUUGUUUACAGUUUAAUUUUGCAGAAUAGUAAUGUAAACUUGAUUUGACCUAGUAAGACAAAUAUGGUACAAUGUAAUGAGUUUUUGUUCACCUUUCAAAAUAUGUAAACAGAUAACAAGAAGUAAAUUUUGAUGGAUAGAAAAUACCGUAUGUUUUUCUACCAUAUUGUUUUUUAGAAUGGAAUUUAACAGAUGUGAUUAUUUGGUAUGCACUGAGUAGGUUUCAAGAAGUAUUAAUGUUGCUAUAGAUAAAAUUCUGGAUUUAUGAAUUUUACCCAGAUAAUUGAUUUUAGUCUUUGUCAGUCAAUAUCUGUAUGGAAUGCUGAAUCCAUUAGUAAAAAUAUUCACUCGGGUCUACAUUGCAUAUUCUAACAUAUAUACAUCAGUGAUACCUCUCCUCCCAAAAGAAAAUAAUUUUAAAAGGGUGUCAUUUUUAAAAUGUUCCAUUAACAAUGUUAGAGAAGGCUGUGUAUGGAAUGUUUUUAAUUUUUUGGCAGACUAGAUCUUGGUAUUCAAGGAAUUUUUAAUGCUUAAUUUUAACCUUUUUCCUAUGAACUGCUUUGGGGUUAUUUUUUCUAUCAGCCAUUUAAUUGGUGGAUAAUAUAUAAAAUGCUGUCUGUAUUAGACUUUUGAAGUCCCUUUUUCUUCCCUUUUCACAUGUUGUCUUUGAAUAGCUUCUGGAGUCAUUAGAUAAUGCCCUCAGCUCUGUUAAUCUCUCCAGCUUAUGUGUAUGUUAUACUCUGUAUUUUUUCUAAUAGGUAGAGCUGGCAGUGGUUGCCAAACAAUGAACUGUUUCAUGGUUUAUAAGUUACAUUUUAAUAGCAGUUGUUAUUGGUAUCUAUUAAUAAAAUUAUUGACCCCUGUU